AUGGACAACAUGGACAACUUCGACUACAUCGACUGGGAGGCCUUGACGGUGGAUCUCCACCUUAGGAAAGGCAAACAAAGCCCUCAAUUUCCUACGGAGCCUCUUCGAGAGUUUCAGGCAAAACAAGAGGAGUUGCUGGAGAAAAAUAUCCGGAACAAAGCCGCAAACCUACCAUACGCCCCUAUUGCCUCCAAGCGUACCUCUCUGCCCACAAUCAGUCAAGCAAACAACAAUCACACACGAUCAGACAAUGGUGCCAGAGCACAGCAACCAUUGGAGUCCACCCCGGUACAAAAGCCACAUAUUUCUUGCUCAUCUUCGUUCCAUUUCAUCAACCCUCUCAGCAAUGCUUUUGAAGAGCCGGAAGGCGGUAUAUAUGAUAAUAUCGAGGCCGUAGCGUCUGCUGCGGCGUCAUCCUUUGAAGGUCACCUUGUGGCUCCCGUGGCCCAGCGUGCGGUUCAACAGGCUGAGCAUGGCCCCUUACCAUCUGCCCACACUCUUGAGAGAGGCACGUCGGCUCUAGUGCAAGAUGAUCAGGACAUUGCGCUGGCAAACACCUUGAACAAAGUUUCGCAGGAAAUAAAAUCCAAGACAAAGCCUCAGGGUAUUGUGGUCCCCAGCAAGGAUAGGUCAAAAUAUUUCUUGCCUGACUUUGAUGACCCGGAAGAGGUCAACCCCCCGGAGGACGCCACGUUAGAGGACAUCUGCUGGAAUUUUCCAAAUCACUUGACAAAGGACAAGUAUCUCGACAUGUUCACGACUCGAUUUUUGUCUGCAAGAGACAAAUUUGCGAGGACCCGGCCCGAAGUCCAAGCACAAUGGAGAAGAGUCCGAGGAGCUGAUGACGCAUGGAACUUCCUGCAGAAGAGAGCAGACAAGCGCGACGUAGAGCUUGGUCCAGAACGUGUGAGGGCGUUGGUCGAGGGACCAAAGGCUGCUUCCAGAGACGGAUAUGAAGCAAAGCGCAAUCCGCUCAACCUUGGACUGAAUAGCAACGCGGCCAAGAGAAAGUCGAACGGAGAGCGGACGGAGCCGGAGAAGCGACAGAGAACGCGAGCUCGUGUCACUCCUGAAGAAGUCGCCGAGACCGCCGCACCUCAUGCUGUCGAAGCACACAACCAGCCAAAUGAUAUGGCUUCAGGUGCCGUGGCGAAUGACCCUCAAAGUCUUCCCGCACGGCUUCCUGUUGAUACCAGUAAGGCUGAGACAGUCCCUGCAGAGCUGGCUGAAUUGUUCGCAGAGGACUUCCUCUCCAUGUGCGAGCGCAAUGUGAAGCCAUUUCCGACCUUGGAAGAGCCUCUCGGUGCAUGCUUUGGGUUGACUUUCUGGAGUUCGACCAUGCAGUUCGAGCGAUUGAUGGCCAGUCUAUGCACUUCUCUGCAGGAGACAUGGGAAGUCGCUAGGUUCAUCACAAAGAGAAACACCAAUCUCGACCAUCAGGAUGCGCGCAGCAUUAUUUUGCACCUUCGCUCACUUUGUGGCUGGCCACUGAGCUGUGUCAAUGGGAUGUUCGCACACUUUGACCAACUCCCCGGUUUUCACGCUUCAAGCUUCAAUACUCAAAAGGAACAGUAUGAGCGCUUCAUCCAAGGGAAUCUCAGACAAUUCGCAGCAACACUGAUCAAAGGCUUUGUUUUUGAUCAUCUGCUCGUAUUUGGCGAGGAAGCCUUCUGUGAGAGAAUGCAGGAUCUUCUCACUGCGGAGUUUGUCCGUUUCAUGCGAGAGGGUGCGAUGCAGAUGAUCUGGACGUCAAGGAUGUGGUUGCAAUCUGCCCUGUGUCAGCAACUCGAUAUGCAGCGUCGCCCCAAAAACAAUGCUGACUUGCUGCAAAAUCGGGACAUUGCUGGGCGGAGACUGACCUCGCGUCCCAGCAUCUCCAGGACGGAUACAUCAUCAAGUCAUGAGUACAGGAGCCUCUGGUCCGUCUUUGCAGAGCAGAAAGCGUGGUCGUGA